AUGAUAGAUAUGAAUAACCUCCCUUUGGUUAUAACCGCAAUCGCAAUAUUUGCGAUGGCUGCCCCAUUCAUUAUUUCAAAACCCAAACAUUCAAAACGCAAACGAAAAAUAAAUUCUAAAAAUAAAUCCAACAAAACAUACGUUUAUGGGUUAGUUAAUCGAGGAAACAAUGUAUGUUUCCUUAAUUCCGUUUUGCAGGCCCUUGCCUCGUUGAACAACCUUCGGUCCUAUCUGAAAAAGAAAGUCAACUUUAGAGGCGUACAGGACGAAAAAUGUCCUGUAACAAUUGCUUUGCACGAAACUCUAGAGAAAUUAAACGAGCCCAUAAAAAAUCGUGCAUCACUUGUUCCCACAAAAAUGGUCUGGGCCUUGCAAGAAAACGCAAGACGCCUAAUUAAUAGGCAACAGCAGGAUGCUCAUGAGUUGUUCCAACUCUUAACAGAGUCAUUGGGUACCGAGGAUGAAAUUUGUCGACGUCCAAAGUCUAUAUUGGAUGUUGAUGCUAUUAGAGAAUUAACAAAGCCCGAUAAUCAAUCUAAUUUAAUAUACGAAAGUAACCCUCUUAAAGGAUUAAUUGCUUGCCGAAUCUCUUGUUUGAAUUGUAACUAUUGCGGACCGAUUCGACAUUCAACGUUCGAUAACGUAUCAAUUCCUCUACCAACACAACCUUCCAUAACUCUCGAAACCCUUCUCAAAACUUAUUCUGGAGUUGAAUUUAUCGAUGAAUAUAAUUGCCCACGAUGUAGCUUAUUAGAAACAUUGACCGUUAUUGAGAAAGAGUUAUCUAAAAAACAUGAUAAAACCAAAGAACACUUACGACUCCUUAAAAAAGACAGAGAAAUCAUCAAAACUUCACUAGUAGCUGAUUUGGACAAAGAUAUUGAUAUGGAAUUACGAUUGACAGAAUUAGUUCAUUUAAAAUUUCCGGCCAGCAAAAAAACAAUGUUUGCAAAACUUCCAGAAGUAAUUGCAUUUCAUUUUCCACGUUCCAUAUUUUUUCAAAAUGGAACGGUUUUAAAAAACCCUUGUCGGGUUAUAUUUCCAGAUAUAAUCGAUUUUUCACAAAUAGAAGGUAAUGAAGCUUAUUAUCGAUUAAAAGCAGUCAUUGUUCACCUUGGUGACCACAGACUUGGUCAUUUUGUUACAUAUCGACGUCAAGAAAGAUCUAAUGUUUGGUGGCGUUUAUCAGAUGAAAAUAUCGAGGAAAGCACGAUAUUAAUCCAACACUCUGAAGUCUUGUCACCUCUCAAAUGGAUAUCUGAUUUAAUGGGAUCUCAUCAAGCUCAGG